AUGUAUCCUUCCGAUCAGCCUCCUCCUCCUUCUUCAUCUUCCUCCUCAUCCUCAACAACAUCCCGUCGAAGUUCUUCCGAACAUUCAUCCACAUCCACCUAUUACUCGCACUCUCCCUCUAUAAAUACGUUCAAAUCGACCCAUUCUCGAAAUACAUCAAGAUCUAUCAACACCAACAUACCAAAAACAUUCGAUUUAUCCGGUGCAUUCUCAUCAAUAUCAGAGAAACAACAUGUAAAUGAUGUCAAUCACGAAGAUCUUGAAAAAGGUACGAUAAGAUCAUAUGGUUUACCAAAAUCACCUUCAUUAGAACAUCCCACAUCCUCUUCCUUCAGCCAUAUUCCCAACAAGGUACCCCAUUUACAUGUCGGGUUGAGACGAAGAAGGAUCUUAUCGCAGUUAUUGGCUUUAUGUGGGCUGUUGACUGUUUUGGGAUGGUGGAUUUUGAGUGUAAGAGAAUCACCAGGAGGAAUAAUAGGAAUGGGUAUAGGGAAGAACGGUGCACCCGAACAUCCUAAAGUAGUAUUACCAGGUAUAAUCAUAGGAUCCAAUGGUGAAAUCAUUCAUCAACCGACUGUAGAAGAAGAAUCCCCUUUACCUUUAGAAGAAGAGAAAGGAUUAACUCAUGCUGAAAAGAUGGCUGAAUUAUCCAAGAUCAAAGGUCCGCAAUGGGGUUUAUCCCUAUCUUCAGAUCAUCUCUUAGCGGGAUUACGUCCAUUCCCUUCUCUGGAAGAAGAGGAUGAUGGUAAACCUGCUUUAUCUGUAUUGGGUAAAUUCGCAGAUCAAAUUUACAAUCUUGGUACCCUCGAUCCAGAAGAAUACUAUGAACAAAUGAAAGAAUUUGCCAAGGUGGUUUUCCCAAAGAAGAUCGCGGAGCAAUUACAAAAUGCGCUGGAUAUUUAUGUUAAUGUGAAGGUGAAUGAUCAUGAAGAGAAGAAAGGAAAAGAAAGUUGGGAUUCAACGAAAAGAAUAUGGCAGACAGACAAAACCCGAUCUAAAGUGGAUACGAAAGAAGUCAGAUCAUGGAAAGAUGGUCAGGCGUUUGAUGAAGGUUGGCAAUGGGAUUUACUGACUGAUAGUGAUGCGGAUAAAUACGCAACUAAGCAUUUGGCUGGGAGCAGAUUCAAGGAAAUAUGGGAUAAUUUACCCAGUGGUAUUUUACGCUCAGAUACUUUGAGAUACCUUCUGAUCCUACUCGAAGGCGGUAUCUACUCAGACACCGAUACCCUGCUCCUCAAACCUCCUUCCGCCUGGGGACGAAACCCAAAACUUUAUAAAGAUGGACAAGGUUGGAUGACUGAUGUCCAAUUACAGCGGAUCCGAGAUGGAGAUGACGUGGAUGAUAUACUGGGUAGACCCAGCGUGGUUGUUGGACUGGAAGCUGAUGUGGGAGAUAGAGAAGAUUGGUUCGAUUGGUGGCCUCGACCUAUCCAAAUUGUCCAAUGGACUCUCACUUCAUCUCCUUUCCACCCCAUCGCACUCAACGCCCUUCUUCGGAUCCACCAUUCUACUGCUAAAGCGGUAGAGUGGAGUCAUUCAGUCUCUCAUUCAAUCAAAGUUUUAAAAGAUCAAGGGAGGUACGAGGAUGCCAAGAAGUUGGCAAUGGUGGACGUAAUGAACGAACCGAAGAAUGGGGGGCCGGUCGGGGUGAUGGCUUGGACUGGACCUGGAGUCUGGACGGAUGCAGUGUUGAGUUAUCUUAGAGUCCAGUAUGGUUUAGUAUGGACAGACCUGAAAGAUCUUAGAGUGCCUUUGAGAAUAGGUGAUGUAGUGAUUUUACCUGUCACUGGCUUCUCACCUGGUGUAGGUAACUUUGGAGCCCAAGGGUCGUUUCAUCAUCAAGCGAUGGUACAACAUGAUUUCGCCGGAAGUUGGAAAAAUGAUGAAUGA